AUGGCGCAACUUGGUUGGCAGUUCCUUGCAUCUGCAUACCUUCAGGUCAAUCUGGACGCAGGACAAUUCUCGCUUUGGGCUGCAAAUCCAACUUCUGCAGAGGACAUAGCUGCAAUGGAUUCUGAGGACGAAGUGAUGGAUGAUUUCUGCGCCGUUACCUCGAAUAAUGGAGAUAUCGAUGGUGCGGGAAACUCAUCUUCUUCCCCAGGCACGUCGCCGUCCCAGCUACCAACACUGUCCCCCGGCAGUGCAGAGGCUGCUGGGCCUGCUCUUCCCACCGGCGCUAUCGUGGGAGUCGCAGUCGGGGCUGUCGUUGCAGGUGCAGUAUUUGGAGGCCUCGUCCUUUGGUUCUGCAAAAGGAAGAAAGGUGUGUCGCCAGGAAUCAGGACACAAACAGGUCAAGUGGAAGGACCAUCGGUCGCAUAUCAGGAUAAGCCACCGAUAUAUGGAGGUUGGAGUUAUAAGCCAGAGUUGUCUGGCCAGACGUCUCAACCACAUGAACUGGCUAAUGAGGGCUCUGGACCACGGCCAGGGCAUCAGUACGAGCUGGCGGGUUGA